AUCCUUCACACCGGAAGUUAGAUGCAUGUCAACAUUCUAACACGUCGUCAGGAUGUGACUUGCCGAUAAAUGCUCCUCUGUAAAGAAACCAGCGCAUAAUGUUGUGGAUGGCCUUGGAUACAGAGGAAAAAUUAUCUGAUCUUAGAUGGAGCCCUUUGACCUCACCCUCCAUCAAGUAACCUACGAAGAAGGUUCUGAUUCACCCGAUGAAUUGGAUUCAUUCGGCACUGUUGUCAACUACGACUCUCACUUCAGUCAAGUAGACACUGUGCCCACAACUUGCUCAACCCCUCUUACGUUUACUGCAGCUACUGAAAACAGAGUUAAACCAAGAAAACUAAGGAAACUACCACAGGGAUUUGCCCAGCCUAGCCGUCUGAAAUCCACACAGAUUUAUUCCAAAUCUAUCUCUUCCGUAUCUCCUCCAAAGGGUCACUUGGAGUCUGGAUCUUUUGCAUACAGCACUCCUCAAGACUCGCUCAUCAACCCGCAAUAUAGCCUUAUUGAAUCACAAAGUUUCUUCACUCGCCGAGAACCUGUGCACAUCUCCCAAACAGACAUACGCACACUUUUUCAGGUUACCUCUAACAGUUCUUCCACUAAGAAGUUUCCCAGAAAACCAACCAUGUCUGAACAACAGAAACCUGACAAAGUUGAUGGAGCUGUAGCAUUUCAAACAAUGGCUGAUGCACUUCAUCUUCAGAAGUCUGUCAUUGGUGAAAAGAAAAUAACACCAGCCUCACCAGAGGAGGUUGCUCGGAUUAUAGCGGAGACUCAAAAGAAACUGAGUCAAUCCUCUGCCAGUGAAGGUUCACCAACUGUUCCUAUGGCAUCGCCAGAGGCAAUAGCAAAAGCCAUAGCAGAGACUCAGAAGAAGAUGCAGAGCCAGACCACAAGCACUGCUGCUAGUUAUCUUCCCAGUGAAUUCACAGUGCCUAUGGCAAGUCCUGAGGAAAUCAAUCAAGUGAUUGCAGCAACACAAAGGAAGUUAAAAGAACAAUCAAUGAAGAGUCCAGGUUCUGCCUCAGAUAGUUCCCUCCCUAUCUCAUACCCCAGCAGUGUUCAUUAUCCGGCUCACACACCGGACAUAUCCGCAAGAGAACUCGUCAGGAUUCCCGCAGCAGAUCUCCAAACCUCCACGGAAAAAUCAACAUCCUGGUUCAAAGGUCAAUCAGCUCCUGACCUACAGUUAUCUGCCCCUGACUUGAACAAAUCGGAGAGUAUGGUUAGUGAGGCUACUACAGCCAGCGACACAGCUUCUGUAGCAUCCACAGACUCAUUCUCACAGUCGGACAUGGACAAAUUUCUCAGUACAUUGCCGCCAUCCAAGACCAUUGAUAUCAGUGAGGUUAUACCGAAAACGUCCAGUAAUUAUUCAGGUUUCAUGGCAGCCAAGAGAGACACAUCAUAUAAACCAGUUCUGGAUCAGUUCAUACCUUUCCGAAGUAUUGAGAGUGAGAGGCCAGUAGUAGAGAGGCAGGCUAAUUCUCUGCCGCAAAUGGCUGAUUCAGGGAUUAGUGUAGAUUUUGAAAAUUCCAAGCCACAAAUGUUGUCCCCAGAGCGAUCAAGCACACCCAAGUCUUAUUUACCAGCAGAGACGAGGGCAUCACAAGCAACCAACAUACAUAUAUCAAGUAAAGCUACCUCUGAUAUGCAAUUUAAUUCAGCACAGAAGUUGAACGAAGCACUGAGAGAGAAGGCAAAAUUGGAAGGGCAGUUAGAAAUGUUGACUUAUGAGGCCAAAAACUCUUUGACCGAAAGAAGUGAACUACAGUCCCAGAUUGCAAUGUUAAAACAGAAAUUGAAAUCACAGCGUGAUCAAGCAAAUGAUGCAGAGAAAGUUGAGUUGAAGUCAGAGGUGGAGAAAAUGCAGCGCAAUCGCUCAGUACUAGAGAAAUCCUUAGUGUCUGCUCAGAAAAUUCUAGAGGAGAAGCUAGCAGAAGUGAAGGCCAUUGAGGCAGAUUUACAGCUUACUCAGGAGGAGAACACCAAGCUACAAAUCCGCCUGAAGGGGAUCCGGGACGACACAAGAACAAAAGACAUGACAAUACAAGCUCUCAAGAACAAGAUUGCUGAACUGUAUGUGGAAGUCCAGACUCAGAUGCAGGCCAAGAUAGAUUCUGAUAAUGAGCACCGAGCAGCUAAGACAGACAUGUCUUCUUUGAUCAGUGCCAAGCAGUGGUACCAGCAGCAACUGAGGCUGGCAAACGACAGCAAGUUACAGUUGCAGCAGGAAUUGACUACUCUCCAGGGUCAGGCCUUGUCCCAGGGGGAAAUCAUCGAGAGGAUGAAGACUGAGAGCAACAAACUCCGACAUCAGAUGAAGGAAAUCCAGCAGAAGGCUCUGAGAGACAAGGAGCAGCUAGCCCGACAGUUGGAGAGAAUCGAGAAAGACAUGAUGGAUAGGGAAGUCGCGUUCCAGGAGGUUCAAAGGGAGAGAACUCUGUUGGAGGGGACUUUUGAUUCAAAGCUUCAGUCAGUUGAAGAUGAGAGGGAGAGGUACCAGUCUCUUGUGAGAAUUACCAAUGAUCUGGAGUCUCGCCUUGAUAAAGCUCAUGGUGAUUUGCAGAAAAAGCAAUCUCAAAUUAUUCUUUUAGAAAAUGAGCAAAUUGAGCUCAACAAGCAACUCGCUCUUUCUCAGGAGAUGGUUAUAGAAAAGGAUCAAGUGGUAGAGGAACUGCAACAAAAGUUAUUAAGUGUGGAGGCAGAACUGAAACAGUUCCAGAAGAGAGUGUCGCAAAUGGAUUCAGAAAUCUGGAAAUUGAAAGAGGAAAAGGCAGCCACUGAAAUAUCUUUACAAUCUGCCAUGGAAGAAAAGAAGUGUGUUGAUUCUGCUUUAGACGAUCUCAAGAGGAACAUGGGGAAAGUAGAGAAGACAUUCAAACAAAUGAAGCAAGAUCUGACCAGCAAGUCGUCUGAAUGUAACCAAGCACUGCAGGAGAAGUCUGAACUACAGGACAGGCUGGAGAAAUGUAUCACAGAGUUUGAAAAGGAGAAACGAGAAAUGUUAACCACUGGGGUUCAGUCUGAUGAAAAACAACAGAUAAUUGAUGAGCUUCAACAGGCAAAGGUCAAAUUGGAGUCCGAAGUCAAGUGUUUGCAAAAUGAAAUAGCAGUUCUUGGUUCAACUAACAGUUCAACUGUAAAAGAAAACCAAGAACUGCAGCAGCAGUUAAUGGAGUUGAAAUCGAAGUUGAAUGAGGUUGAGACCAAACUUAGUGAGGCAAAGGUUCAGGUUCAAGAAGUGCACCAACAAACUGCAGCAGUUCCACAGGAAACAGGUGAAAGUGAAAUCAGAGAGGAAAAUGAAAACCUGAAGGUGAAAAUCUCUUCCAUGGAGAAACAGCAUCAGAAAGAUUUGAUGAAGCAGAAGGCUAGAGCAACAAAGCUGAGUUCUGAUGUGAAGGUUCUACAGGGUGAGUUAACCGAGAGACAGACUACUUUUGAUUCCAAUGUGGAGUUACUGACCAAUAAGAUUAGAGAGAUUUCUGAUGAGAAGACUCGUUUGGAGACUGAGCUGGAUUCAGCACAGAGAAAGUUUGAAGUUGGAGUGGUUGAACAACAGGACCAAAUGAAAACCAUGCUUCAGCAAAUGAUUGAUGAAGUGGAGGCACUUAAGAUGGAGAAGCAAUCCCUGGAGAGCCAGCUUUAUCAUUUACAACAUGAAAAGGAUCUUGAGAUACAGGAGUACCAGCAAAGGUUGUCUGCCCUUGAUUCACAGAUCAGCCAGCUCCUAGAGGUCGCUGCUCUAGCAGAGCAAAGGGAAGAAGUCAACCAACAACUGGCCUUUGAAUUGGAAAAAGAGAAAGGAAAAGUUGAAGGUCUGAUUCAGACCAACAGUUCCCUGAAGAAUCACGUUCAACAACUGGAGGGAUCAUUGGUCGAAAAGGAAACCAGCCUGGAGGAUGUGGAGUCAGAGAUGGAGAGCCUGAAGAGAGAAUCUGGGGAGAAAGAGAGGGAGUUUGUAGUCAAGAUUCAACAGCUGGAGGAGGAGCAGACGACAGAAAAAGAUGCUCAAAGAGAGCUCAGAAAACAGAUUGGAUUAAAAAUCACAGAAAACAAAAGGCUGAAGAGAAACCUCGAUUCCCUGAAAAAUGAAAAGGAGCUGUUGCAGCAGGACUUGGAGCACAAGACUCGGGAAUCUGAGGACAUCCAGUCCAAGUUGGACAGCAGCAACAACCUCCAGCUCGCCAAGUCCAACCAGAUCAACCAGCUGGAAGCAGAAAACAAAAACCUACACCGGGAUCUGGAAAAAGCCAAACUAGAACUUGCCGACAAUCUUGCCAAAGAACCAAUUCUUCAAGAGCAAAUUCAGAGUUUACAGUGGCAGAUCAGCCAAAAGAAUAAAGAAGUGGCAGCCAUUCAACAGAAGAUGGAGCUAUCAGAACAGAGACAGCAAGGCGAGAUUGAUGAUUUAAAGAGGACAAUCGAAGAAAACCAGGCGGAGCUAGAGGGUCUGAGGGAGGAACUCGGAACGGCCCUCAAGGAGAAGGCGGAACAGCAGACACAGGUCACAGAACUUAGGACCACACUGAAAGCCUCAGUACAGCAUCACAAGCUAACAAAGAGAAUCAAUGAAAAUUCUGAUCCCACAAAGGAUACUGGAACGCAAGUUGAGAACCGUGACAUCAUUAUCCCACCUUUGCCCUUUGACCUUGAAGCAGUAGAAAGGCUCCUUCAGGAAACAUCGGCGAGAGCUUUAGCUAGCAAGCCAUUAGACAAUCUACAAAACUGUUUAAGUUCCCUGAGGUCAGAGAUCAGCGGUCUCCAGAAACAAAUAGAGAUCCACACCACUACAGUGGCUGAAUCAGCACAGAACUGGGGCUCGGUGGAGGUGACAGUCAAUGAGGUCCUACAUGCAGUCAAAACAAUGAGCUCCACUCAGAAUGGAUCUGUGGGCAUCAACUCCAUUUCUGCAGCUGGGGUCAUGGACAUUUAAAUCCAAGAGCCGAUUAUAUGCAAUGACCUUGACCUUCAUCAAGGACGAAAACUAUUAUUCAGUGAUGCCUUCAUCAUUGGCCAUGGACAUUACUACAGUGAUAUCAUGCAACCAUUAAGAAUUUUAUAACACCUUAUAAAAAUCCAAGAUGUGAUGUGAACACUUUGAUUUAUUUAUGCUUAAUGUAUAUCCUUCAAAAGGAUAUUAACUUUGUCUUGAAUUUGCUAGUCUUUCAUCUAGUGUGGUAAAAUGGGUGUCAAACCUAAUGAGAAGUUUUUGCAUCUUUUAUUUUUGUUUGUUGAACACUGUAUUUAUAAUUUUCCAAGUACAUGUACAUACAUGUAAAUGAAUUUUGUUAGCGGUCAAAUUAGGAGUGAUGCAAUAUCAAGUAAAUGAUAUGUUUGUGUGCUUGCUUAUGAUUUACAAAACUGCUAUUUUUCUAUAAAAUAUCUGUUUUAUUUUACUGAUGACAAAAAAAAUCCUUUCCCUUUGUACUACAUGUUUAAGUAUCAGCAUUUGUGUUCCAAUUCAUUGCCAUAAAUAUUCAGAUCUGACGGACAAGUUUACAUAAUGAUCUUAUUGUGAAUUCUAAGUAUUUACAUGUACCCUGGCUCUCAGUAUACUUGAAUGCAUGUGUACAACACGUAAAACUGCUGUCUCAGUUAACAUGUGGUACAUGUGUACACUUGUUAGACAUUUUAAAAGAGUAAUCCAAAUAUUUUACAUAAUUAAGUUUCAGUUUGGACAAUUCUACGUCAUCCUCACAACUUCGGGGUCCUGAGUCCACUUGUGGCUGUGGGGCAUUGUGAGAACCAUUCUAUGAAUGAUUUUAAGUUUAAAGUUGUGCAAUAUAAAUGAAGACAAAAAAUAUUUUGUUUCAACAUACCCUUCAUGUCAUUCAUGGUGAAUUUGUCAUGAUUUUUUUGGAGAAAUUAAUGCUUUGAAUGACUAUCAUUUUAUUCUGUCAUAAUAAUUUAAUGUAUCUGCACUAUUUAUUUAUUUGCUGUAUUGACAGUACUGUAAUAAGUAUUAAUUCUUUUGUUGUUGGUUUUCAAUGUACAUGUCAGAAAGGCAAUCAACUAUGAAUUACAAAUAAACCAGACUUACACUUGUU